CCAUGGAGACCUGUAAAUUUCUUUCUUUGGCUCAUUGGCAGAUUGUAAUUUUCAGUUAAGGAUUUUGUAAUGUUACUCACUGUAAAAUUAUUAUUUUACUGGAGGUAGGUGCGGUUUUAUGGAGAAUAAAUUCCAUUUAGUUAACUAAUGUACUGACCAUAGGUGGCAUUGUGGCAUAGUCAGUAGCUGGCAGAAAGCUAUUAUAUCCAUGUAACUUAAUCGCAAGCCAGCAACCAAUUAAACCAAUUAAAGUUUAUUCCAGUAGUGACGUAAAUCCUACUAAAAUCCUCGAACAACAGGUGGCCAUCAGAAAAUAAACACUCCCUCACUGACGAUAGCAGAGCUUGUUGAUUAAUUAGUUGUUAACAACCUGUGUUCCAAUUAGCCGAAUUAAUUAAUACUCCAUUAUGGAGGAUGCAGGCUCAGCUAAACAAAAGGUUUCACUAUAUUUGGUGAAAUCUCUUUCAUCGGCAGUAUCCUAAUUGAACUAGCCUAAUGGAGAACCUAGGGGAGCUGAUCCUGAACUUGUUGAGUUCAGUAUCCUCUGUCUGAUCCACAGAGCUAAAGACACAACUCUACAUUUAGGAUUGGACCUAUUGGCCCUGAAGAGGUGGGAUCAAAUGCAGGCAAUGAGAAACAGGAAGCAUCUGAGAUAAGGACCAUUUGGUAGAACAUCGAUUACAAGCAUACUGGUAGUAGUACAGAGAGGGUUAGCUUUACGAGUAUAGGCAUUUUCUCUAUGUCUUACAGGUCAUAGGACAGAUUAAUUAUUUAUUAUAAGAUUUAUCCAUGAUGAUAGCCAAUAAAACUGUCACAUUGAUUAAAAAGGCACCAACAGGUCAGCUGACGGGUGUCCCGAUGGCUUUAUACCUAGUCCUUGUGCUGCUUGGAAUUCUGGGAAAUGCUAUGGUGAUCUUGGUGGUAGGGAACAGUAUUAUUCGGGAGCCUGGAGGGGGACGCAACUCCGACAUGAUCCUGGUCAACAUGGCCUUAUCUAACCUGCUGGUGUCGGUGAUGAGGAACACCCUGCUGGUCACCUCAGACUUUGGACUCGAGGUGUUACCCGGUAAGGACUGGUGUCGGUUCCUGAUGGGCGUGUGGGUCUGGCUCCGUGCAGCGAAUGUUUGGUCGACGCUUUUUCUGAGUGCUUUCCACUUUUACACUUUGAAAAGGAUAGGCCCUCCUACCUCUAGUCUAAACCCAUCACGUGGUCCUCCCAAAGCCCUACUAAUGUGCUUCGGUCUCAUCUGGACCCUCAAUCUCCUCUACUCGGUCCCUGCUUUUGUGUACUCUACAAAUGGAGGCAAGAACGCCAGUGAGACAUUGAUGUUAGUGAGCAGUACAACACGUCCACUACUGGGCUGCUUGUGGGAUUUUCCCUCCAUUUACAGUGGUCUUGUAUUUGCCACCACGUCCAUGGUGAUCCAUGAGGUCAUCCCCAUCGUCCUCAUGAGCAGCACGAACCUGGGCUCGCUCCUCAUACUGUACGCACACGGAAACGCACACAAAACCACCAGUAAGGAUCAGGAUGCUCCGGUUCUACGCAGAGUGCCGGCGGAGAGACGUGCAGCCAAGGUCAUUCUAGCCUUGAUCAUUUUGUUCAUCAUUUCCUGGGGUGCCAGUGUCAUCUCAGUGAACUACUUUAACUACAACCGUGGUGCCUCAUCUGCAUACCUGCUGGUUCUCGCACGUUUCUUCAACAGUGGUUUUAUUGCUUUGUCCCCCAUCAUACUGGCUGUGGGACACCGCAAACUCCGAGAGGUCAUAAAGUCUAUUGUCAAGUAAAGACAGUAAGCUUAUUAUGCAUGAAAGCCUAUCUAAAACCUGUCUAUACUUUAGUUUAUGAUCUAAUAGUGUCAAACUGAAUUAAACAUUAAAUUGGAUUCAAUAAACAUAGACAUAUGUACAUUUUUCUGCAAACUCUGUGUAAUUGUAUAUUACAUAAUGCAACCUGUCAUGUAUUUUAAUGCAACAUUUUAUUUAUUUUGUUUAUUUAUUGAUUUAUUUAACCUGUUAAACAAAGGUGUUCAACAGACAUCCAUUUCUGGUCCUGUCAAAUAUUCUGUUUUUAAUAUAUUUCAUUGUUAAGUUGUAAGGAAUGUUUAUAUUCAUAGUAAUAUUCAUUUAUUCAUUGUAAUAGUCAUACUACGUACAGGCAUGUUUUUGCAAACAAAAAAAGAUUCUUUAUAAUGAUAUGUACAUAUGCGUUUCAGAUUAAAGGCACGCUUAUGUUUCAUAAUGUACAUAUACUAGGCUAUAUGGCUAAACGUACAGUAUGUGGACACUUUAACAUAACGCUCAUAUGUGUUGAUAUUGUUGAACAUCCCAUUCUAGGUUUAGUCCCCUCUUUGCUGUUAUAAUAACCUCCAAUCUUCUGGAAAAGCGUUUCACUAGAGUUUGGAGCGUAGUGAGAUCAGGCACUGAUGUCGGGAGAGGAGGUCUGGGGUGCAGUCUGUGUUCUAGUUCAUCCCAAAGGUGUUCAAUGGGGUUGAGGUCAGGGCUCUGUGCAGGUCACUCGAGUUCUUCCACUCCAUCCUUGGCAAACCGUAUCUUCAUGGAGCUGGCUUUGUGUACUGGAUCGUUGUCAUGCUGGAACACGUUUGGAUGUCUUAGUUCAAGUGAAGGGAAAUUAUAACGCUACAGCAUACAGAAACCUUCUAUACAAUUCUGUGCUUCCAGCUUUGUGGAAGAACCCCAUAUGGUUGUGAUUGUCAGGUGUCGACAAACCUUUUGGCCAUGUUGUGUAUUGUGGCGUUUGAAUUGAUAAUUAGAUUUCUAAAAUGUCCAUGUGUUCUGUUUUU